AUGUUGGCAAAGCUCUCCCCGAGGGGCUCCUGCCAGCCAUCAAAAGCCAAAGUGGGGCAGCAGCCACAGCCACAGCCACAGCCCCGCAUACAGUAUGGCGCAUGGGACGAUCCCGGCGUUUCGAUCUUUGCGGUCGUCUCCCAGGAGCCGCUCAACAAUAUGUUGUCGAUGAUGAAGCCGCUGCCGAUCGGGAGCAGCGACUUUGACAAGGAAGCCUAUCCCAUGAUUACAAAGUCAUCGGCAGCCGAGAAUGCGGUCUUUCGCACCGUCAAGUUCCAGGUGGAGCAGCUGGCACUCAAUCGCAGAAUGCAAAUGCGUCCGAAGGAGCAGCAGCAGCGCAUUGACUCCGAGCUGAUACGGGCCCUGGUCAAGGAGCGCAAAAGCGAGAUGGUGGCGAACAGUCGCCGCGUGCAGCUGCAGCGGAAUGUGCCCGAACUGCGCGACCUGCAGGUGGAGGUGAACGUGGCCAAGACGGCGCUGGUCGUCAGGCAGCACAUGCAAUCGGAGGCGAAGGUGAAGAGCGUCGACAAGCAGUCCGAGCGGGAGGAGGCCCAGGCCCAACAGAAGCAGCUGGAGCUGCAGGUGCUCAAGGAGCAGUUGGUGGCGGACCAGAAGGCCAACGCCUUCCGUGAAGCACUGAUGGCCCAGAUUGCGGAAGCGUCCAAGAAGCGCCUGCGCGAGCAGCACGAGACCGAGGUGGCGGAGCGACGGGAGCUGAUCGAGUUCCAGAAUCAGUACGCUCUGGAGCAGCAGCAGGAGGCCGAGAAAUUUGCACUGCAGCGCAAGGAGCUGCAAGAGUCGCUGAAGAAGACCGCCGACCAGAAGCAAGCGGCCCGCGAGGCCGAGGAAAAGGUGAAUGUGGGCCGCCCCCAGCGUGGCAUUCUCGACUCGUUCGGCCCGAAGACGGCCGCGUUCGUGGCCAAGGACAUGAAGCGCCGCGCGGACGAGAUCCAGGCGAGGGAGAUCAACAGCGCCCGGCUGGGCUUCCAGCUCAGCCAGAUCCGUCACGACCGGGAGACGCGCGACGAGCUCUUCAUCGACCUGCUCGAGCGCGAGUACAAUGCCAAAGAGAGCAAGAAGGCCCUGGAGAAGAUUCUCACCCAGCAGGCCGCGAGCUAUGCGAACCGCGACCAGGUGAGCAUGCAGCGCAAGGAGGACAAGUACUUCCGCGAGCAAUGGGCCACUACCGGGAACGACAUCUCCCGCGACCCGACCUCCUUUGGCGAGCGUCAGCACCGCCUGUACGACGACCGCACCGCGACCAUGUACAAGAAGAACAUGCAGAGCCACCACGAAAUGGUGCAGCUGGCCAUGGCCAACCAGCACCGCCGCAACGCCGAGGUGGAGGCAGCGCGUAACCUUACCGCGGCAUUGGCCCAGCUGCAGGACGCACAGGAUACUGCCGUGGCCGAGGAGCGACUCCGUUUGCUCCGCAGCCAACCCCAGGAGGUGCUCAACGCCAUGCGACCGUUCACCUUCACCGCCAACGAGCAGAAGGUCCUCAAUCUGGAGACCAGCAAACAUAUCUGAUUUGCAUUCUUCCCCUUUUCAUUCUAUUCCAUUCCA